AUGGCGAUGCACGCGGCCCCUGCCCUGUCGUACAUCUCUGCAACUGCACGUCAUGGCCCGGAGCAUCCAGUAGCAGUCGGACGCAGUGCCCAUCUGGGAGCACCAGGGCCUGUGGCAGCGAGUGGCGGUCGUAGAAGUUGCGGGCUUGCUGUCUUGACUGCCUUGUCCAGUCGACAGGCGGCCCAAAGGCGGACAGCAAAGCGUCGGCCGCGAUCUGCCCGGCAGUCCUCCGAGAGUCCUGCACCGCCUCAGAACCUGUACCAGCUCCUCGGUCUCUCUGCGAUUGAAGCUGCCUCUGCGAGCAUAGAUCUUCUGAAGCAGCGGCAGCGCGCCCUGCUACGUGUGUGCCAUCCGGAUGUAGCAGGGGACGGCGGCAGUGCGGUGACGUCAUUGCUCUCAGAAGCCGUGGGCCUCCUCAGCACAUCCCAGGGUCGAAUAGAGUAUGAGGCGUUGCUUCAGGGUGAGUCUGUGCGAAACGUAUAUGGCCCCAAGAUGAAAUGGCCAUCCAUGGCCGACGUGACAUUUGCAAACGACGAGUGGGCCAACGUUGAGGAAGAGGAGCGUGGCGAGAAGCAUGCGGCCCAGGAGUGUGUUGUUGUGGACGAGGUGGCUUGCGUAAGCUGCAAUAUCUGUGUCGAUGCUGCGCCCAACACCUUCGACAUCGUCGAGUACCCAGGCGGAGACGACAACUGCAGCGGUGGAAGGACAGCCCGCGUGCUUACACAGUGGGGCGAUGGUGAGGAGGCCCUCCUGGAGGCCGUCAAAUACUGUCCCCGGAGUUGCAUCUACUGGGUUCCUCGCGAAGCCGUGCGGACCAUCGAGUACGUGAGCCAGGCAGAGGAGUACCAGCCAUUCCUGGGCAGCAAGCGCCAGAGCUUGGAUGUCAGAGGCGGCAAGACGAACUUCGAUCCCAUCUGGGGGUCUCAGGUCUGGUGGCCGGUGGAGGAAGGCCUCCGACUCUUUGAAGGCGGCAGCAUCUGUCCCGAAGACCCGGGUGCCGCGGCAGGCGCUCUGGGGGUGGACGAGCGCGUGGCUACAGCUUGGGAAGAGCUUCCCGCCGAGGCACGUGCGAAAGUUUUAGAUGUCCUCGCCACUGCGUCGCAGGAGUGA